AUGGCAACGGUUGUGCGCGGCUGGGUGACCGCCGAGCUCGCGCCACUGGUGCGCGCGGCUGCGGCAGGCGCGGCGGAAGGGGGCGGCUCCCGCCACCUCGUGGCCGCGGCGGUCGCGGCCGCCAUCCGCACCGGUGGAGAUGUGCUCGAUCCCCAAGCUGCUGACCCGGAGGUGGCGGCCAGAGAGCGAGUCGCCAGGGCUCACUUGGUCGAGAAAGUGACGGCAGGACGCGCUGGCGAGCAGCCGCGCCACUCAGGAAGCAGCAGGGCCUUCAGGAACUGGGCCAUGCACAAGGACUUCGGGCAGGGCGUCGAGUCGGUCCCGUCCUCGGCCCAGGAGGCCAAGGGCCGCGCCCGCGGGCCCAGGCGGAAGAAACGCCAAGAUCUCGACGACGACCUGCAGCACCAGAACCAGUUCGUGAAAGAGGGCGACCUCAAGUACCUCGACCUCGCGAGCACUGACACGCCCAGCAUCGCAGACGAGCAAAUCCUCGGCGAGACCAAGUUCGAGGAGAAGUCCAGCGUACGCGAGCUUCUGGCCGAGAAGAUCCUAGAGGUGGACGCGCUCCAGCGGCAGUACCAGCAGCACAUCGGCCAGAAGGAGUCCGUGAUCUCCAACCUCCUGGCUAAGAUCGCGGAGCUGGAGCGCACCGUGCAGGACAUCAAGCAGCAGGCCAUCGGCUCCAAGGUGCCGAAGAACGAGCCCCAGGCCGGUCCCAACGCGAAGGAGAGCGACGCGGCCAGCGCCGCCAAGACGAGGGGCCAGGAGGAGGACGUCGGCGUGCACCCGACGGGCGGCAUGAACGCGGAGGGCGCGCUGCGGCAGUCGGUCAACACGUCCAUCGUCAGCACGGUCACCAACACGGGCCUCGGAAAGACCAUCGCCUCGGAGGAGCUCGAUCAGGCCACUGACGUGGUGAAGAAGCUGCACGGCCUCUCCAGCGUGGUCCACGAGGGGCUGAGCGACACUACCUCCGAGAGCAAGCAGACUACUGCCUUCGAGGGCGCGCCCUGCGCCGCCAUCCCGACGGGCCUCCAGGAGGACGGGGGCAUGUACCUGACGGGCGGCAUGAACACGGAGGGCGCGCUGCUGCCGUCGGUCGUCACGUCCAGCGCCACCACGGUCAUCAGCACGGGCCUCGGGAAGACGUUCGCCUCGGAGGAGUUCGUUCAGGCCACCGACGUGGUGAAGGCGCCAGGCGACAAGGACCCCGAGGGCGAUCGGCAGGACAACUUCGAGGACCUCCACGUGGAGGCGGGCACCGACGGUACGAGCAUGGAGGGCGUGCUGUCGCAGUCGAUCGCCACGCCCACCAAAGCGGGCCUCGGGAACGUGAAGGACCCCAAGCACGAUGGGAAGUUGAGCUCCAAAGCCAUCCUCAACUACGACGUCAAACACGAGAAUGAGAAGUACCACAUCGGCAACUUCGAGAGCAGCUUCGUGAGCCUCUCGGACGUAGCCGUCGACAAAGACAUCCCGCCUUGGGAGCGGGAAGAGCCUGAAGACGACCUGCGCACACUGGAGAGCAAGCGGCGCUUCCGUGAGCGGGCGCAGCGCGAGAGGCUCUCGGCGCGGUAG